CAGUAAAAUAAAUCAGUUUCAGUAUCCUUCUAGCUUAAAAACUAUAAUUAAUCAAAAGAACAGCACAAAAUAAUCUAAAAUGAGUUUAGAUAAUAUCGAUAAACUGUAUAAAAACUACGAAAUCUUGUCAGCAGCCACGGAUAAAACAAAACAUCAACAAGAAUAUCAAGAAAUCUUAGAUGCAGUGCAUGGAUCAGAUAAAGAAAAAAAGCUUGCUGCUACAUUCAUCUCAAAAUUCUUCAAAUGUUUCCCUGAUCUUAUGGAAACGGCAUUAGAUCGACAACUGGAUCUUUGUGAGGAUGAAGACGUUCAAAUACGUCGUGUUGCUAUAAAAGAGUUGCCCACUUUCUGCAAAGAUACCAAGGAAAAUACGCCAAAAAUCAGUGACAUUUUAGCUCAACUUCUCAACGCUUCAGAGCCAACAGAAGUUCAACAAGUCAAUCUUUCGCUGCAAACUCUUUCAAAGUUUGAUCCAUUGGGAACUGCUGCUGGACUUUUCAGCCAAAUAGCACAGGGCGAAGAACAAACUCGCUUAAAAUGUUUGCAAUACGUCAAUAAUAAAUUUGUCAAAAAUGGCUCCGAAGUUUUCACCAAAGAAGUUGAAGAAUUAAUUAUCAAGGAGAUUAAAAAAUUGUUGCAGGAUGUCUCAGCCGAUGAAUUCCAGCAAUGUAUGCAAAUCUUAAAUCACACAAAGUUGGGGAAAACUAUCACCGGUCAUCAGGAGUUAGUCAAGUUAUGCAUUGAACAAGCUGAUUUGGGAGCUGAACUCGAAGGUGACACUGCAUCAGAUGAUGACGUCGUCUUUUGCUUCUUACAAUGUGCUGGCGAAGCUUUGACAUAUUUUUCAUCACAAAUUGAAUCGACACCUUUCGUGAAAUUUACUUGUGAGAAAUUCUUCCCAUUGACAACAUGGCAUUUGAUUGGAGCUGCUGAUGAUCAGCCUCAAACACAAUUACGUCUUUUGAAAGUAUUCGCUGAGUUGUGUGUACAUUGUGGGGCUCUUGAGAAGCCGAAAGAUAAAAUUGAAGCAAUCUUCAACAUUUUACUUGAGUUCUUGCCAGCACCGCCCGCCGAUAUCGAUCUCACUACAGAUGGACCAUCAAUUUUAUUCUCACAUGUUGAAUGUUUGUUGUUUGCUAUUCAUUCAUUAGGCAAACAAUGUCCGGAAUACUUGACAUUCCCAGAUGAUUCCAACAAGUUGAAAGAUUUUCGAGCUCGUCUACAAUAUUUAGCACGAGGAACGCAAGGCUACGUAAAGAAACUUCAAGAAGACAUCAAAGGAAAAAACGCAUCCGAUCCAAAGACCGAAGAGGAGAAAUUAAAGAUUAUUGGCUUGAAAACAACUUCAAACAUCCAAACACUUAUUCGAGAUUUGUUCCAUUCACCACCGUCAUUUAAAUCAGUUGUUCGUCUCAGCUGGGUGCAACCAAAGCCCAGAAACACCAUAAAAGUCGCAGAAGCCGAGAAAACUGAAGAAAAGCCAACAACAACUGCAACGAAACGUCACGCACCAAUCACGUUUUCAAAUGGAAAGUCUGAAGAUUCAAAUGGUGCAAAGCAAGCAAAAUCAUCAAAUGGUCAACAAAUGUAUUCACCACCGGGUGGGAAGUUUUCUUCAAAGUUUAAUUCGGGACGUACAGGGGGGAAUUUCGGUAACAGAUCGCGUAAUGGAGGUGGAAAUAAUAGAUUCAGAUCAGGAGGCGGUGGCGGCGGCGGUGGAAAUCGCAACAAAAAUUUCCGUCGUUACUAAGCGAACGAAAAUGCUUUCAUGAAUGAAGUUAAGGAGUUGCUCGAGACGAGGGAAGUGUUCUUGAUUCAACAAUGAUUUUGUUUUUCAAAUGGGGUUGGGGGUUUCUUUGUUGCUUUUCCCAUUUUUUUAAAAUUAUACUUUGAUUAUGGAAGUGAUUUUUUUACCACUUUACUGCUUAUUAGUCAUUCUAAAUCCAUCAUCUAAAUCUUCACUGAAUUGGGACUUUCUCCCCUUGCAAUUUAAAUUUUCUUUUCUAGGAAAACCCAACCGAAUGAAGGAAGCUGAAGGACAAGCAACAUAGAAGAAAAAUUUUCUUCAAACUUAUUUUUAUAAGUUUAAUUAACGUUUUAUAUUUCAGUUGAUCCUAUCCAGACGAGAUUAACAUCAACAAAAGUAAUAAAAUUAAAAAUUGAAAGACAUCUUUUUAAUUUACAGGAAACUUUUUUAACUCAAACUUCGAUUUUCUUUUUUAAUUUCUAGGAUAUAAAAAAAAUUAAAUAAUUAAUUUUUUCGUUACGUAUAAUUAUCAGAAAAUCUUCUUUUUUACAAUUCAAGUUCAUCAAAGAUAAAUAAUAUAUUUCAAUAGAAAAUGUUUUCUUAUAAAAACAUUAAAAUCAUAAUUCGAGUAUCGUGUGAAAGAGAAAAAUGAAGAAUAAAGUAUUUUCGUCUGUUUCCAUCUUUAUGUGUCGAUUUAAUGGCGGCACUGCAGUGAGGGUCAUUUGGAACCGAAGAUCGAGAAAAGCCAUAUCCGAUGUUGCUUCAACCAGCGCCAUACUAGUCAGCGCUCAAAUAAUAAACAACAACAGCUUAAAUGUAACAACAUGAAUGAGCAUCAACAACAAACGCGAGGAAUUUAAUGAAGCUGGAAAUUCAAGAACAUGAGCCGAGAACAAAGUAAUCAAAACAAGAUUACAACAAGUAACUCUUCGACAAUAUUCCUUGCGAAGCUUUUGAAAUGUUUAGUGAAACGUUUGGAUAUUAUGUCGUUUAAUCGACAUGAAAUGUUUUGAGCAUAAUUUUAUUAUGAAUCACCACAGACGUAUCGUUAUGCAAUGUCUGGAUAUCAUUCUAAUUGCCGCUCAAUUCAGAACCAUUCCAACUAAAGCAAAACUAGAGGAAAUAAUUCACAAGGCAACAAAGAUACUGUUCAAAAAUCUCAGAAUCUGUCAGUACCAGUCGCUCCGAAGUAACUUUAUUUCUACAUUUUUUCCGAUGAACGCUUUAUUAGUUUUCAUCGAUAAUAUUAACAUUUUUUU